AUGGGAGACGAAGCAUCAGCAGGGCCUCCUCCGGUAAAUCGCAACGCCGAAGAGGGGGAGGUCCCUGUAGCACAGGAGGCAACCGUUGCAGCGGCUGAGGACCAGUCCGGUGCUGCUGCGACUGAAGUAGCAGCGGUCGAUGGAGCAGCGCCGGCAGCAGAUGCGGAGUCUGGCACAGGAAAUGCCGAAGCCGACGGCGGGGGUGAUGCUGCUGGCACGGGCGCGGAAGGGGAAGCAGACCCCGCAGCUGGCGACGGAUCACCUGGAGCAGACGGAGCAGAAGGGCAGCCCUUGGAGGCUUCAGCCGAGGGGGCAGCUGCAGACGGCGUCACAGAUGAAGCCGCAGUACCCGCUCCACCUCCACCACCGGUUGAGCUCGAACCUUUGCCCGAAGACUAUGUCCCAGUGAAGGACCUGCCCCCUCUUCCGGAGGCGUUUGCGCGGAAUGAGGAGGGCAAGCCCAUCCCGCUGCAUGGCGUUGAGUCUCUCUUCCUGACAGGCACCACUAUCGAGCUGGUGGGGUUGAGUGGCCUGGGCCCUGGCCACAUCAUGGGGGAAGUGACGAAGGAAGUGCUGCUAGGCGAUAUCCAGUUCCGUGGCGCCAUUAGCGACUUCCACGCACUCAAAGCUCGAAUUCAGGCUGCAGACUAUGACCCGCUCCUGAUCCGCAUUAUCGAGGAUGAUCUGUACGGCGACGGUAACAACUUCGAGAUCGCGCUCGCGAAGGAGGCGGGUGAAACGUGGCGGGCGGUCGUUGAGGAGGCGGAGCGGCGUUCCAAGCUGUUGGAGCUGGAGGCAGCGCACGCGGCGGCGGAGCGUGCAAAGCCGCGAUCGAAGCGUGCAAGGAAGGUCAAUCCCUGGCAGAGCAUGGGGAGCGAGUUGGACAUUGAGGAGGCUUCGGUGCGGCCACGUCGUGAACCCAUUCGGCUGGUGGUCCAGCGGAAGCGGCGGGAGUUCCACCAGAGCGGUAUCAAGCUGGCGGACAAGGACGCGCAUGAGUUGUGGAACAGCAGCCAGAUGGAGUGCAGACCGUUCAAGGACCCCAACUUUGACAUGCGGCGUAUGGAGCAGGACGUGGGCGUGCAGGCAGUAGCGCCGUUGCGUGACGCCAGCACACAGUCCCGUGGGGCCAUCCCGCCACGCCCCGCCGCUACGCAGACGCAGGCGCUGGACAUGGAUGAGAAGGGCAAGCGGGAGACGUUGCAGCGGCCGCGGGGCUCUCCGGGAAGCGUGGCGGACUUUUUGGAGCGCGUGCGAGACCAAUGUGAGGUAGCCCUGGUGCAGAACGAGAUCACCAACAUCUUCCGGGACGAUCUGGCCGCGCUGAAUGACGAGGCUGAUGGUGGCGGCGGCGGCAGCCGCAAGGAGACCCUGGUCUCCGAAGCACAGUCCUUCACGCACCUGACAUACUCCAAGAAUAAGGUGGUGUCCGCCAUCCAGUGGCUGCCCCACCGCAAGGGUGUGGUAGCAGUAGCCUGCACGGAGGCGCAGUCACACGCGGAGCGAGUGUCGCGCAUGGGCCGCACCGCCCCCGCGCACAUCCUGCUGUGGAACUUUCGAGACCCCAUCCAUCCGGAGCUCGUGCUGCAGAGCCCCUGGGAGGUCUUCGCCUUCCAGUUCAAUCCGUUGCAGCCGGAUCUGCUCACUGGCGGCUGCUACAACGGCCAGGUGGUGAUGUGGGACCUCAGCACGGAAGUGGAUCGACUGGGCCGGAAAACGGCUGGCGGAGCCGCUGCCACCACUGGCGGCGCAAUCAAAGGCGGCGCGGAUGGGGCGCCCAAGGCAGCAACAGAUCUGACACCGCCGCCCUCGGCGGCGGCUACGGCCGCCGUUGGCGGCGGCGGAGCCGGCGCUGCCGGCGGCGUUGGCAGCAGCGGAGCCGGAGAUGCGGGGGCUGGAUCGGCGGCCGAUGGCGAUGCACACAUCCCCGUGGUGAAGCACCGCUUCAUGACGGACACGCAGUUUAGCCAUCACCAGGUGGUCACCGACCUGCAGUGGCUGCCCGGGGUGGAGAUCAGCCACCGUGGCAAGGUGACCAAGCUUGGGGAAGGAUCCAAGGAGUGCAACUUCUUCGCCACCAUCGCGGCGGACGGCAAGGUGCUGUUUUGGGACGUGCGCGUGGAGAAGCUGUUGAAGAAGGGCAAGAAGGCGGAUGACCUGUUAGACCUGGUAUGGAAGCCCAUACACAGCGUGCACCUCAUCAGCCUCAUCGGCAUGGACCUGGGCGGCACGCGCUUGGCGUUUGACUUCCGGCGUCUGGAGCAGGGUAUGUUCUUCGCGGGCUCCUUUGACGGAGAGCUGGUGUAUGCGGACUUUAUCAAGCCUGAAGGAGAGGAAAACCCCGACUAUGCCAAGAGCUGCCUGCAGGCCCACGUGGGUCCUGUCAUCGCCCUGGAGCGGUCGCCCUUCUUCGAGGACAUCGUGCUCACGUGCGGGGACUGGCAAUGGCAGUUGUGGCAGGAGGGCUCAUCCACACCGCUGUUCCAAUCCGGAUACGCACAGGACUACUACACAGCAGCCUGCUGGAGCCCCACACGUCCCGCCGUUCUCUACCUGGCCGACCAGUCAGGCAGUCUGGAGGUGUGGGACCUCCUGGACCGUUCCCACGAACCCUCCAUCCGCGUCACACUGGCGGCCACACCCAUCAUGUCGCUCGCCUUCAACCCCAUGCCGGCAGCGGCGUCGGCGGCGCAGCAGGCGGCCCAGCAGCUGCUGGCCGUCGGCGAUGCGACAGGCGUCCUCCGCAUCAUGGAGCUGCCCCGUAACCUACGGAGACCUGUGCACAACGAGAAAAAGCUGAUGGGCACGUGGCUGGAGCGCCAGCAGCUGCGGCUGGCGGACGUCGGGGCCAGGCAGCCCACACGCGCGGCAGCGCGCAAGGAAGCCGAAGAGCGCAAGAAGGAGGCGGAGGCAGCUGCUCUGGCGGAGGCGGCGGCGCGCGAGGCGGCGGCCAAGGAUGCCGCCGCCGCCGCGGCCGUGGGACUGCCGCCUUCCACCGCCGACCGCAAGGACAGAAAGGGGCAGCACCUGGCCGAGUUCGACGAGAAGGCUGAGCAGGAGUACCUCAAAUUGGAGGCGCGGUUCAAGGCACAACUUGGGCAGCCGUCUGGUGGCGCUUGUGUAUGGUGUGAUGUCAGGGAAUCUUUUCAUUCAGCAGGGCAGUCCGUGCUUCCUGGGUAGAACGAGGCCUGUUGGGUGUUGCGGCGGUGAUGUGGUGUAUGGCGCGGAUGAGAAAGCACAGCCAACUAGACAGCCGAGUGCACCCACCGCGCCCUCCACAAACGGGUGUUUUUGCAACGGCUUGAGGCGAGGGGGCCGGUUGGUGCUCUUGGACCGGGACGCGGUAGUCGUGAAAGGACUGGCGUGGUCCUAAACACUGUAAACCACACCAUCGGCUGUGAAGCUGCCGAGACGCUAACAGUUCACUUACGGACGGCUCUUGUAAGUAACAUAUGUGC